GACGGAGAGAGAGCAUGUGUGACUGUUUACAGCUGGGAUUAUCUGUUUAUGUCAACCUGACUGGCAGUGGAGUGGCUGUUUUUCCUCGCCUCUCUCGGAUUCUCUCUCCUCCGCGUAUCUGCUUGUAGGUUAUAGUCUUUCUUUACGCGAGACCCUCUUCGGCUGAGCUCUUAUCGUUUAUGAACCAAUUAUCUACGCGAAAUCCGUUCUGACAAAUCAUCUACAUAUUUGAGGUGGACUGUAAAAUAUACUCCUGUAUUGGGAGCGAGAGAGACUAGGCAAAGGAAGUGUAUCCAACAUACUCGUUUCCAAAUGGAUGGGAUGAAACCAGAAACGACGGCUGAGGAGAAUCAGGAUGAAAGGGAAGAAAACAAAGGCUGCUUCGAGUGUUGCAUCAAGUGUCUGGGCGGCGUCCCCUACGCCUCUUUGGUGGCCACCAUCUUGUGCUUUUCGGGUGUGGCUCUGUUCUGCGGCUGUGGGCAUGUGGCACUUACGGGCACUGUGACCAUGGUGGAAAACCACUUUUCUCGCAUCACCUCUGACCAUGCUACUCUCACUGAUGUGGUUCAGAUUUUGCAGUACAUCAUCUAUGGAAUUGCCUGUUUCUUCUUCCUGUAUGGCAUCAUCCUGUUGGCUGAGGGCUUUUACACAACCAGUGCUGUCAAAGAGAUGCACAGCGAGUUCAAGACCACUGUGUGUGGACGCUGCAUCAGUGCCAUGUUUGUGUUCCUCACCCACAUUCUGGGCUUGGGAUGGCUGGGCAUUUUUGGCUUUUCUGCGGUGCCCGUUUUCCUGUUUUAUAACAUGUGGACCACAUGUGGAGCCAUGAAGUCCCCUAUUGCCAAUCUCACCUCUGUGGACAACAUCUGUGUCGAUGUGCGACAGUAUGGAAUCAUCCCAUGGAACGCUACUCCUGGUAAAGCCUGUGGCUCCACGCUAAGCGACAUCUGCAAUACUAGUGAGGUAAAUAUACCUCAUCUGUCCCUGAAGAUCACCACAUAUGCACUGACAGGAAGAUCUUUUCUUUUUCAUAUCCACUACCUGAUGAUCCUGGCAGCAAACUGGGCCUAUCUCAAGGGACUGUGUCAGCAGACUCAUGCCUACCAGGACAUCAAAACCAGAGAUGAUCAAGAGCUGCAGGAUGUGCAGUCACGCUCCAAGGAGGGUCUAAACUCCUCCUACUCAUAAACAGUUCUCCCAAUUCUGAUCUAUCCCACCUCUAUCUAACCUACUCUAGACCACACCAAAACACACACACACACCUGCCACCCUCAAAUGAAACACUACGCAAACUAACACUGCUAAGCGCUGCGCUAUCCUGACUAUACAUCAUAAUAGUGGUAUAAGUUGGUUAUAAACAUGUCAGACAAGUUAUUGAACAUCUGUAACAAAUGAUGAGUGGAAUCAUGCAUUAAUGGUGAUAUGAUGUGUUUUGCUCGUCUACUUCAUGGUACAAAUUACCACUGGUAUAAAAGUGUAUGUAUUCUAGUAUUGUGCUGUCAUUUUGCAAGUAUUUUUGAAUUGGUAGAAAGUGUAUGUACAGUGUAGAGUCAUGGUUAUAACUAGGUUAUGUUUGGUUUUAUGAUGCAUUGUCUUGGUAAAGCGCUGCUUACAUAACAGACUGUCUGCACUAACUCCUCACAGACAUUUUGCAGGAACUUCCUUUUUCUGUGUGUUUUAUACAUACUGUAUAUAAAUAUAUAUAAAUGUGUGAAAGUGAAUGAAUGUUGUUUUUUUUGUUUUGGUUUGUUUUUAAUUAUGGGUGCCAGGUUGUGUAUUGAAAAUGUCUGUUUAUCUAGAACCUUUCUCUGGUCUCUAUGGCUGUCUUAGAUUUCUGAAUUCACCACUUUUCCCAAUUCUCUUUCUUAAUUUAUUUUUUUGGAGGGGGUGGGGGACAAUACCGGUUAUUGACAAAUUGCACUACUCUUGUAAUAGAAAGCAGGUAUAUUAACACACACACACACACACACACACACAUGCACAUACAGUGGAGGGAUGUUUAAAAUGAUGUUUUCUCAAAGCUGCCAAAUAUCAUUAUCAAGUACUCAACCUUCAAAAUGAUAUUCUGAAAACAGUAUCUGACCAAUAUAAUUCUGACUGGCAGAACAAUUUAGAUGUUUGUUUAAUUAAUGGGAAAAAAAAUCAACUAAUACUAAAUUAUUUACUAAUAAUAAUGUCUUAACAGAAACUACCCUCACAUCUAUACAGAUGAUAUGCUUUCCUUCAGUUUUGUUGAUAAAUCUAGGUAUUUUUCAGUCUUUUAGAAUUUGUUUUUAUGGCAAGAUGUUUACCAUGAGUUUAAUGAGAUGAUUGUGACUUAUUGCUAUGUGGACGUGAAACUCUGAAAAUGGUUUGAAUUUACAGUCAAAUAAUGCAGCCUUGUUUUUGCAGUGUAUCUUUUUCCUAACUGGUCUCUCUCUCUUUCUAUUACUACUUUUACAAUAUGACUUUUUAAUAAUCUGUCUUUUAACUAAAAUUAUUCUUUUCUGUAAUGUCUCUGUAAAUAUAAGCAUGUUAGUAUUGUCCACAUAUACAGUUGUUUAAUAGCAGUUAUAUGCCACUUCUUGCUGUAUGCUCAAUUCUGUUAAAGGGAGCUUACAGGGAUGUGUAAAAUGUUGAUCUAUUACCCUGCUUUUGAAAAAGAAGAUGUGUGCCUGGAUGUUCUAUUGUUCCCUGAUUAUUGCAUGAAGGAGAGAUAUUUCAUUUUGUUUUGAAGUACUGUAAGUGAUGUGUAGUCCAUUGUUCUAAUGAACUACAAUUGAAAGUGUCCCACCUCUCCCCGAAAAACAAACCACUGUAAUGUUAGAGGAAAUUGUACUCUUAGAUGUUUCAUAGUCGAUUUUAAGUCAGAUGUUUUAUGAAUCCUGUAUAGUGAUUUUUGUAACCUUCUCUAGUAAAAUAUUUUCUAUGAUCUA